CCCAAACACAGUACGUGACAGAGAGUUGCCAAAUUACAAAUUGAUUUGUUUGUACAACAUGGACGAUUUGGUCUGUUCGUCUGAAAUAAUCUUUGUUGCAACAUCUGUCAAAGUUCCACAAGUAUAAGUACAAAAUGUUCCGGAUUGCUGCUUUAAACUACAGUGACAGCAAUGAAGACAGCAAUGCAGACGUUGAUGGUCUGGCCACAACUAAAGAAGCCAAGGAGUCGGAGGCAUUUGCAUUCUACAACAAGGCUCUGGGACUGCAGCGAUUGGGCGACGUGGAAGGGGCGGACCGUGCAUUCAAGUUUCUCGUCAAACAUCCAUUUCUUCUAGAUGCUGCUCGAGUGGUUGAAAGUGAUAAAGCCAUCCAUCCCGGACUCAACCUCCUUUAUUCCAUCCACAAGAACAUGGCUGCCAUCGCCUUUCAAAAAGAUGAUACAGAUGCAGCACUCAAGUCAUAUUUAGAGGCUGUGAAGAUUGAUGCCAGUGAGGUGACGGUCUGGUUCAAGAUCGGAACGCUCGGGGAGAAGAUUGACAACUACCCACUUUCUAAGCUGGCCUUCGAAGAGGGUAUAAAAUGUAACCGAAAUCAUUGGCCAUGCUUGGACAAGCUGAUCACCAUGACAUAUGUGUUAAAUGACUAUUGGGGCUGUUUGUAUUACAUCUCACAAGCCCUGGAGAAGGACUGUGGAUAUGAAAAGGGAAUAGCCCUUCGAGACGAGAUGUUCCGAGAGCAGCCCAGUUUGCAACAAGACUCAAAAGAAAUGUUCAUGUUUUGUGAUCCAGUAAUUCAUACUACAAAACUAGAACGUGAUGUUGCCAAGAAGUAUGUUGAUGAAGCUUUAGCAAUAAGGGAAAAGCGCCGUGAACUUGCCACAUCGCCACCACCACCUGUUAUAACACUUCCAUUGUCAAUCACUGAAUACACGUGGAAGUGUAUUGGUGAUUGCCUGCUUGCUCUUUAUGAUAAAGCUACUAAAUCUGAUCCACCGAUUAGUUUAUGCCGACAUGUAGAUUUGUCUGAAUAUGAAGACAAUGAUAUCACAGAUGACAUGACAAGGAAAUACCCGACUCCUUCAAAAGACACGACAGACAAACAGCCUGAAGUACCUAUGGAUGUGUCUGAACCUGUUGCCAUAGUAACAAACAAUAAAGCUAUUGGUCAUAAUGAUUCUGUUUCCAGCAGAGCUCCAGGUCCAACAGAAUUACCUCAAGGUCAACCAGAAGUACCUCAUGGUCAGACAGAAUUACACCAAGGUCAGACAGAAUUACACCAUGGUCAAAGACCUCAAGGGCAAGGUGAAUGUCAGACAUCCUCCACCAGUCUCAGUCAGGGCCAAAUGGCUGCACGAAAAGCAUUUUCACCCUCAUGUGUUGAUAAACCUGCCUCACUCCAUGCUGAAAGCAUGGACCUCACUCCUGACAGUGACACAGGGCAGAAAGUCACCAAAACUGAUCCUGGUCCUGAAAAUGUCUCAGAGCUUUCUGCAAUAAAACCUGAUCUAGUUUCUGCUUCUUCAUCCACAUUCACAUCCACAUCCACAUCCACAUCCACAACCCAAAUUGUCAGUUCAUUGAUUUCAGAUGGUGUUCUCAAUCUGUGUAAAUCAUCGGAGAGCCAAGAAAUGGCAAUCUCAGAGGCACAAACCCUUCCUGUGACAUCACAUACCCCAGUGAGGUCAGCUCCUAGUGUUGUAUCGGAUAACAUACCACCCAAUAAAACCACCUCAGAUAUUCCAACAACUGUACCAUAUGGUGUCAUGCUUAAUCUGGCCGAUGCAGAUAUAUUGAAAAUGCUAUCGUCACCGAGUACCACACAUUCAAAGCCUCUAUCUUUGCUGACUAAGGCUUUGGCUGAUACAGAUGAGGAAGACUCCAGAAAUAUCCACAGAGAGGUGACAGCACCAUUUCCUGAGACUGUCAGUUCACCCAGUCAAGUGACUUCCUUAAGUGGUCACAGUACAAAGAGCUGUAGUUCCUUGGAUCAGAUUCCUCCCAAGGCACACAACCACUCAUCCACACAAACCACAGUUUCUUCUUCAUCGCCCCCAAAAAUUCAUACUUGUAAGUUACCCAUUCAUGGAAUUGGUGUUGAUCAUGUUUCGACGCCAGAACACAAACCGGCAUCAGAACAUCUCAGUCAUUCAUGUCCUUCCCUUUCUCAUCCUCGAUUUUCAUCAAGUUCCACACACAGCCGAUCAUUCAGUGUUCCACAGCAGAGCUCCAUGCUGCCUUUCGCAACCAGUCCAUACUUGAAUAUUUCUAAUCUAAUUCAGGGGGCAAAACCGAUCUCCAGCAUCCCACCAAGCUCAUCUCUGACCUUGCCCUUGUCUCUAGGCAACCCCUCUUCUGUGACCUUGCCCUUGUCUCUGAGCAAACCCUCUUCUCUGACCUUGCCCUUGUCUCUUGGUAGUCCCUUAACUCUGGGUAUCCCCUCGACACUGGCCUUGCCCUUGACCUUAGGCAGCUCCUCGCUCUCCCUGCCCAUGAGCUUAGGCAACCUGAACACAAACCUCAACCAAAGUCUUCCAUCCAGCCUCUCCCUCUCUCUUCUGAGUGCUGCUCCAAGUCUGUCAUUGGGCGGGACUUUGGACCAGGGUACAAACCGGGCUGUCUCCUCCCAGCAAGACGCAGCCCAGGCCCUAAUGGCCCUCGCUCAGAUGCCCAUCAUCCCUCAAAUGCACGCCACGUCAAGCUCCAGUAGCUUCCUCAGCUCGCCCAGCCUGAUUCAUUCGCAGAAGCUCUCCACCACACAGAGUCUGCUUCAUUCACAGAACCUCAUCACAUCACAGAACCUCAUCACAUCACAGAACCUCGGCACAUCUCAGAGUCUGCUGGCGUCCAUGAUGGCCUGCGAUGUCAUCCUUCCCACCACCGCUCACUCUUUCCACACUCCAGUGUUAGCUCAUCCCGUUCACCCUCAUCAGACAGAUUCCCGGAACAGACGUGGACAGAAACGUAAAAGGGAGAAAAUUCCGUGGGAUGAACUGGGAAUGAAGAGAAGAUCUACUCGGGUUCGAAAUACGAGUUCGAGGAAGAAGGAAGACUCUAUCAACCUGGGUGAACUGCUUCAGAAGUUCCUGCCUUCAUCUCUCCUGCAGACCAGUGAUGAAGAAGAAGAUGUUAAGAAAGAUGAAACUGACGGUGGCACCAGUAUUAGUGAAAAUGCUCAGACCACCAGCAAACUGCCAAAGGAUUGUGUUGACGGUGUGAAGUUUGAAGAGGGUGAGGAGCGCGAGGUGGCCCGGUUUGUCCAGGAGAUGAUAAAGAACUGGGGAAUCAUUGACCUCAUGUGCAGGUUUCUCCUCAAGCUGUGCGUCAAGGAUCACAUGAAAUGGCCUGCCGGUCUGGGUGAGAUUUUUGUCCAGAUCUACAAUCGACUCCGCAAACAUCUAACCUUUCCAUCAUUGCUUGGAGAUGAUGAUGAACUCACUGAUGAAGACAUUAUUGAAUACGGACAGAUCACUCUUAUGUGGGGUGAAUUGUUGCUUGAUCAGUGGAUUAGCAAGAAGUCAAGAUCGUCAAUGCCUGGACACUCUCCAAGAAGUACGUCUGUAAGUGCAUCUACACUCCUCCAAGAAAUGGGAGCACCAGUGGAUUAUUACCUAGAAGACUUCUGGUAUGUCACCACACUUGCUGGUCAGUCCCACGUUCUCAAGGACAGAUGGCUGCCAUAUGCAAUUAGAGUGUACUGGUUGAAAGCUCGGUUUGCGAUGAUGCAAGGUAUUAUGGAUGAUGCUGUGGAAUAUUUUGACCAGGUCAAGAAUUAUCUGUCGUAUGGUGUUGAAAAAGACUUACACGCAGUGAAACUUCAGAACUGUAAGGUGGAUGAUUUAAUUACUAAAGAUAUAUGUCAGAAACAGCUGGAGUCACUGCUGCGAUGUCAGUCUCUCGACGAGACUCAGAAAUGGUACAACGCAGAGGACUACGAGAAAACCGUCCAGUUUCUCCUCAAGACAUUUCCAGAUCUCGCACAGUCAGGAAAGGCGAUUGACUUCAAGGCUCCGCUACCAGAAAGGCAUUCACAGCUGCUGUUGCUUCAAGAUUCUCUCUUUAAGCUCAAAAACCUGGGUAAAUGUAUUUUUUGGGGAGAGGUGUCAUUCAAUGAAGCGUUCUACCAUUACCGCCAUGCAUCGUCGACACAGUCUCGCAUGGAAUGGGCAGCUACUAUGAACCAGAUAUUCACAGCAUUGAACAGGGUUUUGGACAAAGAUAAAGACAGCUUGAAAGCCCUGACGUCUAUCAACAUGAUUCGGUAUGCCAGUAACCUGGUUAAAACCAUCGAGAUCAUGAUGGACGUUGCAGAGACGUCGACUGACAUGCCCAUUGCCACCGUGCUGCCGUGGAUUCUGUUGUCAAGGCUUAUAAAACAUGAGGAGCGUAACCUCCAGACAGUGAGCACGGAACACGAUGGACAACUGGACGACAGUGUGAUCAGCUCCUCUCUGAUGCUUCUUAAUGUCGCACACGAAUACCUCGGCCGUCAUUCUUGGUGCACGAAAUCCCAUGGUGCCUUGCUGCUAUACUUUAUGGACAUCUUGGAAAAAGAGAUGGAUAAAGUGAGUUCUCUGAAGGAUGACCUUGACAUGGCAUUUGAGCAGUGUGUGUUCUGCCUGUAUGGACAUCCCAACAAGAAGGGCAAGGCCAAACACCUUCAUGAUCACAAUGUGGCUCCAAUUUCUUUGUCAUGGAGUAGAGCAGAGUCAGUAUUCAAAUACUACAAACCGAAGACACUUCCGGAGUUCGACAGUUAUAAGACCAGCACAAUGUCAGCUGAGCUUGGAAAUUUGAUGAGGAAAAUUUUAACACUUGUUCCAGAUGAUAUUAGUGUCACCAAACGAAUUGACCAGAUUCAAGACUACAUUGAAGGCAACACAAAUGAUCCACCAAGCUACCAAAGUGACAACCCGGUACUGAAAGAACUGUAUUACCUUCUGGCCGAUUACUACUUCAAGAACAAGGAACAGACAAAAGCAAUCAAGUUCUACAUAUAUGAUCUUUGUGCAAACCCGAAGAGACUCGACUCGUGGGCUGGGAUGGCCUUGGCUAGAAUGAGUCAGCUGGAACAGAAACUGGGAUCCAUGGAGCUGAGAAUGGAUAGUCCAAUCCACAAAAAGUCCAUCGCAGCUCUCCGAUGUUUCCGACGAUCUGUGGAAAUUGAUGACUCGCAGAAGAAUAUUUGGAUAGAGUAUGGAUCCUUGUCUUACCAGCUGCAUUCUCAUGCUUCAAGACAGCUAAAAAUGCAAAGCUGGUUUUCACUGAACGAAGAGCUGCUUCAGAUCGUGAAGGACACGGAGCAGGAGAUGCUGCAGAUCGCCCAGAACUGCUACUGGAAGGCGAGCGAGUGCGAGGCCGUGGGCAACGAGGAGGAGUGGCUGCACCACUACAUGAUGGGCAAGGUGAUGGAGAAGAAGAAGAAGCACCCGCGCGACUACCUUGAACACUACAAGCAGGCAGCAAUAUAUCUGCAUGAAGAUGAGGCUCUGUAUCCAAAGAAGAUCGUCUUUAACGUCAGUCCACCUCACCUGGCACUGGAGGCUCUGGAGCUGUUCUACCGCCUGCACGUGGUCAUUCUAAAGCAGCUGCUGAAGGAGGACGGGAUGGUGGAUCUGCCUCUGUACCGCGAGUACCUCACCGAGGCGGCCGACAGCCCGUUCGCUAGAGGCAAGGAGAAGAGACAGGAGAGGAGAGGACGUGAUUUUUGCGCUGGCGAUGACGGUUUCACAUCCCAGACGGCCACCCCGUCAUACAGUCACAUGAAGGCGAAGCCUGUGUACCACAUGACUCCGCAGGAUCACAACUACUCCAAACAGAAGAGUUCCACGGAGAGCUCUGACUCUGAUGCAGCUAAAGAAUCGGACAACUCUCAGCAGGAGAACCUAGUGACCUCUUCCCAGGAGACCUCCCAGAUGGUGGAGUCGGAGGCUGAACGGAAGCAGCUCGAUCCGCCAGCUUCCAGCUCAACGAAGACUGUGGAACUGGUUGUGUCCUCCACCAGUGAUGAGGAAAUGGCAGAGAUUUCAUCAAAGGUCCCUGAUGCUAAAAAGGAUGAGGAAGAAGCAAAGAUUGAGCUUAUGAUUCCAAAACUGGAGGAAAGUUCCACCAAAGGAUUUGACUGUUCUCAUCUGUCCGAAACUCCAGGUGUUGUGAUGGAGUGUGAGGAUGUGACCGAGACCGAGUCGGACUCGGCCAUGGAUGUGUAUUCCGAUGUCACAGAUUCCGGGGUAGCAGACGGCAAGGAGCAGAAUGACCCAACUGCUGCAACGAGAACUGCAACAACUGGAAAAGAGGUUCAAGAUUUGACACCACUGCCAGAUUUCAAAUCCAUUACAGCAUGUUCUGAUAACUCUCGGGUCACGUCAAAAGUUAGUGAAAGUUCAGAUGUCAAGGUCAGUUCAGAUGUCAAGGUCAAUUCAGAGGUCAAGGUUAUGCCAAAAUCUCCUGAUCAGUUAGCUAAUGCUGGUGAUGCACCAGUCAUCUCGAAAGACACUGUAGAGUUAAAUCGUGAAGUCAAAGACCCCAGAGAUGCAGUAAAUGGAUCCAAACCUUUAUCUUCAAAACCGUUAAUAAAAUCUGGCCAUGUUUUAGAGCCAAUCAUUAUCACAGACACAGAAUCAUCUGUGACGGGUAGUUCUGCAGAGGAAGAAGAUGGUGAUGGUAAUAUUGAGGAGAAGAAAGAAGUGGAAAGAGAAACUAAAGGUCCGAUGGAUGUCGACACAAAAUAUUCUUGUCAAAUAGAGAUUUCAGCCGAGCUGAAUUCUGAAGUGAAAAUCUCCGCUAAUGAAGCCAAAUCAUUAAGUCCCAAAUCAGGGGACGAGGACCUGGGGAAUGUUGGGACCUCGGAGGAGAGUUUGUCUGCAGAUAAGAAGGAAAAUUUACGCAAGGAACUGAUAGACAUGUGUAUUAGUGGCUUGGAGCUCUGUGCUGUGAGGUACCCAACACAUUACAAGACCUUGUACAGACUGGCUCAUAUCUACUACUGUUCACCCUUUCAUAAGAACCUGGAAUAUGCAAAGGAUUUGUUGUUGGGCAAUGUUCGCUGGCAGUCAAAAAAGCACAUGCCAGCUCCGGGGUUAUUGAGUGAAAGGAGGUUAAACAAUUUCUUCCAGGGUAUUUGGAAGAUCCCCACACAAGAAAUCGACCGGUCUGGAAGUUUUGCGACUCACAACAAGAGGAGUGUACAGUUGCUACUGGAGAUCUUACUGGAGUUGAAAGACUGUAAUACGUUGUUUCAGAUACAUAUACAUAUGAACAGACACCCGGACGCUGGCAAGAAGUUUUUGCGUGACGCGGAGCGUGUGUACCUGGCUAGGAUGUCAUACCGAUAUGCGCUGGAUGCGGUGGCGGCGCGGAUCGAGGAGUGGGAUGAGGAGGAGGAGGAGGAGACUCAGCUGAGAUUCCUCACGCUUGUCUACCGGGUCUGGGACCACGGCGUCCACAAACUCGUCUACCAGGUCGACAAGGCCAACGAACUCUUCCCAGUCGUCUACCAGCUCACACGGCCAGAUCAUGUUGACCCUUGCCAGCCAGUGAUAGAGCAAGCUGUCAAGUUCUGUCAAACCAGGUUGAACAGAUCUGCUUCUUCACAGGCAUCAGACAGCCCGAGAACAGGUCACUCUAUGCUGUUCAGCCCGCCACCACCUUCUGCCAAAUCUUUUAACCAAACCAGUGUGAACACCAUCAUGGACACACCUUCUAGUUCAGUGAACAAACCAGGCGGAAAAUCAGAGUUGUUUCAGUCUCCGAGGGCUAGCCAGCAAUCAGACGACCUGUUCCAGUCACCAAGCGCAGCAAGCAUCCAGUCCGACAGUGUCUUUCAGUCUCCUAGGACUGGUAGUCAGUCGGAUGCUAGCACCUUGCCCACGUCCCCCAAGGGAGUUCUCAUCGAAGAAAUGUCCCCAGUGCCAUCCCCAGCAGAGAUGGGGUCCCCAUCCUCGUCUCCUAAUUCGACGCCGGGGACAGUGUCCGAGAUGUCGUGGCGGACGCCCGUCCUGGGGGACAAGAGCCCAAUCGAGAUCGGCAGUGACAACAGUCAGGUGAACGGUGUGGACGAGAGUCUGGUUAUCAAGUCUCCGGACAGGCUCACCAUGGAUAUCCAGUCACACAUUCCAUACGAUGCAUUUCAGUGAGACCGUCUCCAGUUCACAAAUAAGACAAGACUAAUAGAGGAGCCAUUUCUGUAAUAAAUAAACAGUGUGAAUUUCCAUUGCCUGGUUGGGGGCAGGUUCUGAUUUAUUAUUUUUUAUUUUUUUAUUAUUCUUUUUUUUUACAAAUGUUUUCAAAAGUGAAGUGUACCUUGUAAAUACAUUCAUGAAAGUAACAGGAAUCAUGAAAUGUGUUGGAUCAAAUUUAAUAAAUUGUAAACUGAAGAUUUUAUUUUGCAUACGACUGACAAUUUAUUAAAAAAAGUAGAAUAAUAAAAAAUUACAACAAAAUUGUGAAAAGAUGAGACUUUACUAUUUCGUGUGUAUGCACACCAGCCACAUGGUGUGUUAUGAAUGGAAUACUCUACAUAUACAUAAAUAUUGGUGUUCUC